AUGAGGCUCGACAUUCCAUAUGAAUAUGUCAUGUACAUAAGAGAUUAUGAGAUUCAAGGCCCAGAUGAAGGACCCGAACCUGGAUCACGUUGGACACUCGUGUUCGAUGGUGCCUCAAAUGCGUUGGGUAAUGGAAUUAGAGUUGUCAUAACUUCUCCAACAUAUCAUAAUAUUCCCUUCACAACAAGGUUAUAUUUCAAAUGCACUAAUAACAUGGCAAAGUAUGAAACAUGUAUCUUGGGAAUUAAAGAAACUAUUAAUCUAAGAAUGUAUGAGGACUCGACACUCAUCAUCUAUCAAGUUAAAGGAGAUUGGGAAACUCGUUAUUCCAAUUUGAUUUCAUAUAGAGACCAUGUAUUGAAGUUGAUCCCUUACUUUGAUGAGAUCACUUUCCAUCACAUUCCUAGGGAGGAGAACCAACUAGUUGAUGCCUUGGCUACUUUUUCAUAUAUGUUAAAGAUCAAGUGGGGUAAUGAAGCACCUUGUAUAACAAUUCAACAUCUGGAUGAACCAACACAUUGUUUAGUAGUUGAAAUAGGGACUGAUGGUGAACCAUGGUUCUACGACAUCAAGAAAUAUCUUGAAAAGCACAAGUAUCCAAAGAAUGUCUCAUCACAAACAAGAAGACCUUGA